CGCCCGGGGCUCUCAGCCACUAGCUCCUCGGCGGCCGGGACUCCACCGCCGGCUACCGGCUACCCCGGGCUCCCUCCUCGGGCCUCGCCCAGCAGCCGCGGCAGCCUCGCGGGCCCCCGAGUUCGCCCUCCGCCGGCGCCGGCGCCGCGGCCCGGGCAGGGCCGACCAUGGCCCGCCUCUUCAGGCCCCGGCCGCCCCCCAGCGAAGACCUCUUCUUCGAGACCUACUACAGCCUGAGCCAGCAGUACCCGCUGCUGCUGCUGCUGCUGGGCAUCGUGCUCUGCGCGCUCCUGGCCAUGCUGGCUGUCGCCUCCGCCAGCGGCAGGGAUCUAGCCUCAGACCCAGGCUUCCUGAUCACUGUGCUGUGUGCGCUCGGCGGCUUCUCACUGCUGCUGGGCCUGGCAUCCUGCGAGCAACGGCUACAGCGCUGGACCCGUCCCCUGUCCGGCCUCGUGUGGGCAGCGCUCCUGGGGCUGGGCCAUGGCUUCCUCUUCACUGGGGGCCUGGUGAGCGCCUGGGACCAGGUGUCCUUUUUCCUCUUUGUCAUCUUCACCGUGUACGCCAUGUUGCCCUUGGGUAUGCGGGAUGCCACCGCCGCGGGCCUUGCCUCAUCACUCUCCCACCUGGUGGUCCUUGGGCUGUACCUUGGGCCUCAGCCGGACUCCCAGCCCGCGCUGCUGCCGCAGCUGGCAGCAAACGCGGUGUUGUUCUUGUGUGGGAAUGUGGCCGGAGCGUACCACAAGGCGCUGAUGGAGCGUGCGCUGCGCGCCACAUUCCGGGAGGCACUUCGAUCGCUGCAUUCGCGCCGGCGGCUGGACACGGAGAAGAAGCACCAGGAACACCUUCUCUUGUCCAUCCUUCCUGCCUACUUGGCUCGAGAGAUGAAGGCAGAGAUCAUGGCCCGGCUUCAGGCUGGACAGGGGUCACGGCCAGAGAGCACCAACAACUUCCAUAGCCUCUAUGUCAAGAGACACCAAGGAGUUAGCGUGCUCUAUGCUGACAUCGUGGGCUUCACACGGCUGGCCAGUGAGUGCUCCCCUAAGGAGUUGGUGCUCAUGCUCAACGAGCUCUUUGGCAAGUUCGACCAGAUUGCCAAGGAGCAUGAAUGCAUGCGGAUCAAGAUCCUGGGAGACUGUUACUACUGUGUCUCUGGGCUACCGCUCUCCCUGCCAGACCACGCCAUCAACUGCGUGCGCAUGGGGCUGGACAUGUGCCGGGCCAUCAGGAAACUCCGGGCAGCCACCGGCGUGGACAUCAACAUGCGUGUGGGGGUGCAUUCAGGCAGUGUGCUCUGCGGAGUCAUCGGGCUGCAGAAGUGGCAGUAUGAUGUCUGGUCCCAUGAUGUCACCUUGGCCAACCACAUGGAGGCGGGUGGCGUGCCAGGAAGAGUACAUAUUACAGGAGCUACCCUGGCCCUGCUGGCAGGGGCUUAUGCUGUGGAGGAUGCAGCCAUGGAACACCGAGACCCAUACCUUCGGGAGCUAGGGGAGCCUACCUACCUAGUCAUCGAUCCCCGGGCUGAGGAAGAGGAUGAGAAGGGCACUGCAGGAGGGUUGCUAUCCUCUCUCGAGGGCCCCAAAAUGCGUCCCUCAGUGCUGAUGACCCGCUACCUGGAGUCCUGGGGUGCAGCCAAGCCUUUUGCCCACCUGAGCCACCUAGAGAGCCCCGUGUCCACCUCCACCCCUCUCCCGGAGAAGACGCUGGCCUCCUUCAGCCCUCAAUGGAGCCUGGACCGGAGCCGUACCCCCCGGGGACUAGAUGAUGACCUGGACACUGGGGACGCCAAGUUCUUCCAGGUCAUCGAACAGCUCAACUCUCAGAAACAGUGGAAGCAGUCAAAGGACUUCAACCCACUGACACUGUACUUCAGAGAGAAGGAGCUGGAGAAAGAGUAUCGACUCUCUGCACUCCCUGCCUUCAAAUACUAUGCAGCCUGCACCUUCCUGGUUUUCAUCUCCAAUUUUGUCAUCCAGAUGCUGGUGACCAACAGGCCUCCAGCUCUGGCCAUCACCUAUAGCAUCACCUUCCUCCUCUUCCUCCUCCUCCUCUUCGUCUGCUUCUCAGAACACCUGACGAGGUGUGUCUUGAAAGGCCCCAAGAUGCUGCACUGGCUGCCCACACUGUCUGGCUUGGUGGCCACCCGGCCUGGACUGCGAAUUGCCCUGGGCACUGCCACCAUCCUUCUCGUUUUUGUCAUGGCUGUUACCAGCCUGUUCUUCUUACCAGCAGCAUCGAACUGUCCUUUCCGGGCUCCCAAUGUGUCCUCCGUGGCUUUCAACCUCUCCUGGGAACUCCCUGGGUCCCUGCCUCUCAUCAGCAUCCCAUACUCUAUGCACUGCUGCGUGCUGGGGUUCCUGUCCUGCUCCCUCUUCCUGCACAUGAGCUUUGAGCUGAAGUUGCUGCUGCUUCUGCUGUGGCUGGGGGCCUCCUGCUCCCUCUUCCUGCACUCCCAUGCCUGGCUGUCCGACUGCCUCAUCUCCCACCUCUAUCCGGAUCCCUUGGACUCCAGGCCAGGGGUACUGAAGGAGCCCAAACUGAUGGGAGCUAUCUCCUUCUUCAUCUUCUUCUUCACCCUCCUUGUCCUGGCUCGGCAGAAUGAGUAUUACUGCCGCCUGGACUUCCUGUGGAAGAAGAAGCUGCGGCAGGAGCAGGAGGAGACAGAGACAAUGGAGAACCUGACUCGGCUGCUGUUGGAGAACGUGCUCCCUGCUCACGUGGCCCCCCAGUUCAUUGGUCAGAACCGGCGCAACGAGGACCUCUACCACCAGUCCUACGAGUGUGUCUGUGUCCUCUUCGCCUCAGUUCCAGACUUUAAGGAGUUUUACUCUGAAUCCAACAUCAACCACGAGGGUCUAGAGUGCCUGCGGCUGCUCAAUGAGAUAAUUGCUGAUUUUGAUGAGCUGCUCUCAAAGCCCAAGUUUAGUGGAGUGGAGAAGAUCAAAACCAUUGGCAGCACCUACAUGGCAGCUACAGGCUUAAAUGCCACCUCUGGACAGGACGCACAGCAGGAUGAUGAGCGAAGCUGCAGCCACCUGGGCACCAUGGUGGAGUUUGCAGUGGCCCUUGGAUCAAAGCUGGAUGUCAUCAAUAAGCACUCAUUUAACAACUUCCGCUUACGUGUGGGGUUGAACCAUGGACCUGUAGUGGCUGGAGUGAUUGGGGCCCAGAAGCCACAGUAUGACAUCUGGGGCAACACGGUGAAUGUGGCCAGCCGCAUGGAAAGUACAGGAGUUCUGGGCAAGAUCCAAGUGACUGAAGAGACAGCGCAGGUGCUGCAGUCCUUAGGCUAUACCUGCUACAGCCGGGGCAUCAUCAAAGUCAAAGGCAAAGGGCAGCUCUGCACCUACUUCCUGAACACAGAUUUGACACGAACUGGCCCUCCCUCGGCCACCCUAGGCUGAGACUCCCAACCACCCUCACUAUUCUAAGAUCCUCAAUAAAAGGACUCGGGGGGCACCUGGGAGGCUCA